AUGCCACAUGCACACUUGCUUUACAACUCAUGCCAACAGAAAGCACCGUGUUUUAGUGGUGAUGGUGAGUGGGUUGUUGGUGGUUCUGCUAAUAAAGGAGAGCACAAGAUCCACAUAUGGGAUAGGACUGGGCGUCUUGUAAAAAUCCUCGAAGCUCCAAAGGAAGCGUUGAUAGAUUUAGCAUGGCAUCCUGUUCACUCUUUUGUUGUCUCUGUGUCGCUAACAGGCUUGGUUUAUAUUUGGGCUAAAGAUUAUAUUGAGAACUGGAGUGCAUUUGCUACGGAUUUCAAGGAGCUUGAGGGAAAUGAGGAGUAUGUAGAACGAGAAGACGAAUUCGAUCUGAUGCUGGUAACUGAAAAGGUGGGAGAGGAAAGCCUUAAUGUUGAUGAGGAUGAUGAAGUUGAUAUUAUGACAGUGGAGAAGGAUUCGGUUUUCAGUGAUUCAGAUAUGUCACAGGAAGAAAUAUGCUUUCCAGCUGCCAAUCUUUGUCAUGAUGUUCCUAUGCAGCAAGACAAGUGCAUAGAAAGUUCUUCAAAGCUGGUGAACAGCAACCAUUCUGGAUCCCCCCUUUAUGUGGAAGCAGGACGGAAUGGGCAUUCACCGAACCAUGCAUCAAGUCCAAGCAAAGGUAAAAUUAUGCCUUGCUAUACGCGACGUUCUGUAAGUUGUAUCCUGAAUGCUAUUUUCAAGGAGUAAGAACCCUUUUUUUGGAAGCAGAUGAUUUUUCAAUGGUCAAG